AUGUCCUUCAGAGUCAUCAGGGGAAAGUGAGUACUGGAGGACUACCUACCAUUGUACUAUUGGAUCUGUACUGAUCCUAGAGGUGGAGUUAUGUCCCCCCCCUUAUAGGUUGCUUAUUAUGGCUUGUCAGUACCCCACAAUGUAUCUUUAAUUGUAGUUGCCAUAGGAGGCAGAGAACAUGUGUCUGUGAUGCUGAUUUAUUUCUUACUCACACUUACUGCUCUUCCUGACCCUUUCCAGCUGGCUGCUCUUUGAUGAGGAUGGUUACUGUGGAAACCAGUACGUCCUGGGAGAGGGUCUUUAUCCCGACCUCAUUUCCUGUGGCUGUGUGGCCACUUCUGUCAAAUCACUGAGACCCAUUCCCUAUGUGAGUGUACCUGGCAUAACCUCAGCCCAUUUACAGAUAUCUUUAGGUAGCACAACAAGCUAGAUGAGAUACGUGAGCACACAUGGAGUUUAACCGUAUUAUAUGCCAUGAUAAAUAGAUUAAGGUAGUUUCCACCAUUGCAGUGACACAAACGACAACCUAUUCCCCAUAAUGCACUACCUUUGACCAGAGACAAGUCUUAGUAUGACUGGCCAAAAGUUGUGGACUGCUUUACGAAUAUAAGGGGGUUUUGUAUUGUGUCCUAAUAUAGUUCAAUACAGUCACUUUGAAAAAGGAUAUAACAUGCAUACAGUAAAUCCAAUGGCGUUCUCAUCUGAGAUGGCUGCCCUCCCUUCCUGUUGUGUCUGUAGAGUUUCUCCGACCCAUCCAUCAGCCUGUUCUCCCUGGAUUCCUUUGAGGGCCUGAAGAUGGUUGCCGUAACACCCACAGAGCACAUCAAGGACUUCUUCACUCAGUCUCUGCGGGUUGACAGUGGACUGUGAGUAGAGAGAGAGCCUGUCAUCUCAUAUGUCACUAAACAGCUAACAUUAUUGCCAGACACUAUACAGUACAUAGAGAAGGAACACAGUUUCUUUGGCCUCAGACCUGUGUCAUGUUCAGUAAGAAAACAAGUGAAACAGGGAGGUACUACCCUAACUUGUUUCAAGACGUUUCUCUACAUUGUGCACUAAUGAAUAUGUGUGUCUUUGGCAGGUGGGUGGUGUAUGAAUACAGUAACUAUAAGGGCCGUCAGAUGCUCCUGCAGCCAGGGGAGCUUCCUGUGUGGGGAGAGCACAGUGGCUGGGACACCAUUGGCUCCUUACGGCCCCUCAAACAGGUACAAUACACACAAAACUGACAUUUGAGUCGCUCUCAUCAAAGUGUCCUUUGUUACUGCAUAAGAUUCCACUGACUAGUUUAAGCCGGGUGUACACUACUCGAUUUUGGCCCUGAUUUAGCUGUCCCACACAAGCUUUUGAGAUCGGAAACAAAAUCCCCAUGUCGUUGCCUACUGGGGGCGCGGGGCCGUCGCCGACGCUCAUUUAAUGUGAGCGGGUCAAAGACGCAAUCUGAGGGCUAUCGAUCUCGUCUUUGAGCAGUCACAGACGCCCCGAUAUUUUCAAACAUGUUUGAUUUUAUCGGCACAAAUUCUGCAGUGCUCUUGCAGUGUGAGAUGUGCAACGACAAGUUUUGAGAACGGUGAUGAGCAAUAGCCAAUAAGAGCUUGCCAGAGAAGAAGCCAAUGAGAUGAUGACGUUGUUUCGCAUCACCCAGAAUGUGUAGACUCUCCAGCAGGAGCGAUGACUACUACUAGUAUGCGUUUGUACUUGCCUUUAACCAAAGCCAAAGUGUCAAAUCGUUACAACUCUGAAGUUCACAAGCAAUGUUAUUCAAUUCAAAAUGUCGGCUAGAUAUUUCAACUCCGAAUGGCAAGCGUGACUAUCUGACUGAACGUUUAUGAGGCUGCUUUGAGCCACAGCUCGUAGCUACGUUAAAUCUAAUCACAUCAUUGUUUUCGCGAGACAGCGUGGUAUCGAGAAUCCUCACGACCAAGUGAAGAAUCUUGUAGUGUCUGACCCUGUCUGUGCCACAUAGUUUAGUGUGCACACCACUACAUUGGCAACACAAAAUAAACUACAGGAAAGACGGUCAUUUCAUGCGAGAGGCUCAGCAAUGUUAGGAUUUUUAUAGUCGUGUAGUGUCCACCCGGCUUUACCUGUAUGUUCACAUUCCAUUGGGGGGUUGUGCAUGUGUGUGGUGAUGUUGUAGUGUAACUGUGUUAGGGGGUUGUGUGACUGACACAGUAUUAUUAUUUUAGCUGUGUAUGUGCAUGCAUGCGUGUGUGCAUGUUUUUAGAAGAGAGAGAGAGUGUUGUACUCUUCUGCAUAUGGGGUUGUUGUUGAGUUCUAGCAUGCAGUCAACACACAGAAGCUCCAUGCUUGGGACUUUGAGCCUGAAGCCUGCUGGGUACUGAUAAAACCCACUUCCCAGAAAGUUAUUUAUACCCUGUGAGAGACAGACAAGGCUUAGCACUGACGUGUGUGUGUGUGUGUGUGUGUGUGUGUGGCGGAGCACUACUCUCACACUGUUUGUUGACAAGACAGACAGGGUGUGAAAGGGGUCGUGGUGAAUUAUACCUGUCACUCAAGCUGAUUUGACUGAAGCCAUAUGCAGCUAUAUAAGUUAUUCCACUUACACAUAUUCCAUGAUGUGGCAUGGGUCACGUUUCCCAUUUACCUCUGAGUGCAGCACUCUCGUCUGUGCAGUGUAACAUGAUACUAAUGUUACAGUUUCAAAAUACCCCGGUAUACAGUAUAACCAGUAUACAGCCCAAGCCUAGUGCUAUUUUACUGAUGAUUCAGUACUACAGUGCCUACAGAACGUAUUCAUAUCCCUUGACUUAUUGCACAUUUUGUUGUUACAGCCUGAAUUCACAAUGGAUUGAAUCAAUUUGUUUGUCUCCCAUCUACACACAAUACCCCAUAAUGACAAAGUGAAAACAUGUUUUUAAAUGUUUUAGCUAAUUUAUUGAAAAUGAAAUACAGAAAUAUCUCAUUUACAUACAGUACCAGUCAAAAGUUUGGACACACCUACUCAUUCAAGGGUUUCUUUAUUUUUACUAUUUUCUACAUUGUAGAAUAAUAGUGAAGUCAUCAAAACUAUGAAAUAACACGUAGUAACCAAAAAAGUGUUAAACAAAUCAAAAUAUAUUUGAGAUUUGAGAUUUUUCAAAUAGCCACCCUUUGCCUUGAUGACAGCUUUGCACACUCUUGGCAUUCUCUCAACCAGCUUCACCUGGAAUGCUUUUCCAACAGUCUUGAAGGAGUUCCCACAUAUGCUGAGCACUUGUUGGCUGCUUUUCCUUCACUCUGCAGUCAGACUCAUCCCAAACCAUUUCAAUUUGGUUGAGGUCGGGGGAUUGUGGAGGCCAGGUCAUCUGAUUCAGCACUCCAUCACUAUUUUUCUUGGUCAAAUAGCCCUUACACAGCCUGGAGGUGUGUUGGGUCAUUGUCCUGUUGAAAAACAAAUAAUAGUCCCACUAAGCCCAAACCAGAUGGGAUGGCGUAUCGCUGUAGAAUGCUGUGGUAGCCAUACUGGUUAAGUGUGCCUUGAAUUCAAAAUAAAUCACAGACAGUGUCACCAGCAAAGCAUCCCCAAACCAUAACACCUCCUCCUCCAUGCUUUACGGUGGGAAAUACACAUGCGGAGAUCAUCCGUUCACCCACUCCGCGUCUCACAAAGACACAGCGGUUGGAACCAAAAAUCUCCAAUUUGGACUCCAGACCAAAGGACAAAUUUCCCCCGGCCUAAUGUCCAUUGCUCGUGUUUCUUGGCCCAAGCAAGUUUCUUCUUCUUAUUGCUGUCCUUUAGUAGUGGUUUCUUUGCAGCAAUUUGAUCAUGAAGGCCUGAUUCACACAGUCUCCUCUGAACAGUUGAUGUUGAGAUGUGUCCGUUACUUGAGCUCUGUGAAGCAUUUAUUUGGGCUGCAAUUUCUGAGGCUGGUAACUAAUUAACUUAUCCUCUGCAGCAGAGGUAACUCUGGGUCUUCCAUUCCUGUGGUGGUCCUCAUGAGAGCCAGUUUCAUCAUAGCGCUUGAUGGUUUUUGCGACUGCACUUGAAGAAACUUUCAAAGAACUUGAAAUGUUCCGUAUUGACUGAUCUUCAUGUCUUAAAGUAAUGAUGGACUGUCGUUUCUCCUUGCUUAUUUGAGCUGUUCUUGUCAUAAUAUGGACUUGGUCUUUUACCAAAUAGAGCUAUCUUCUGUAUACCCCCCUACCUUGUCACAACAUAACUGAUUGGCUCAAAAGCAUUAAGAAGUUGCAUUUGCCUGGGCGGCAGGUAGCUUAGUGGUUAAGAGCAUAGUGCCAGUAACCGAAAGGUCGCUGGUUCUAAUCCCCGAGCCAACUAGGUGAAAAAUCUGUCGAUGUGCCCUUGAGCAAGGCACUUAACCCUAAUUGUUCCUGUAAGUCGCUCUGGAUAAGAGCGUCUGUUAAAUGACUAAAAUGUAAAUGUAAGAAGUUCCAGAAAUUAACUUUUAAGAAGGCACACCUGUUAAUUGAAAUGCAUUCCAGGUGACUACCUCAUGAAGCUGGUUGAGAGAAUGCCAAGAGUGUGCAAAGCUGUCAUCAAGGCAAAGGGUGGCUAUUUGAAGAAUCUCAAAUAUAAAAUAUAUUUUGAUUUGUUUAGCGCUUUUUUUGGUUACUACAUGAUUCCAUAUGUGUUAUUUCAUAGUUUUGAUGUCUUCACUAUUAUUCUACAAUGUAGAAAAUAGUACAAAUAAAGAAAAACCCUGGAAUGAGUAGGUGUCCAAACUUUUGACUGGUUGUGAAAGUAUUCACACCUCCUGAGUGAGUUAUAAUCACCUUUGGCAGCAAUUACAGCUGUGAGUCUUUCUGGGUAAGUCUCUAAGAGCUUUGCACACCUGGAUUGUACAAUAUCUGCACAUUAUUCCUUUUAAAUUCUUCAAGAUCUGUCAAGUUGGUUGUUGAUCAUUGCUAGACAGCCAUUUUCAAGUCUUGCCAUAGAUUUUCAAGCCAAUUUAAGUCAAAACUAUAACUAUGCCACUCAGGAACAUUCAAUGUCAUCUUGGUAAGCAACUCCAGUGUAUUAAAAUAAACUGAAUGGAGCUAAGCACAUGUCUUGUGUUUUAGGUUAUUGUUCUGCUGAAAGGUGAAUUCAUCUCCCAGUGUCUGGUGGAAAGCAGACUGAACCAGGUUUUCCUCUAGGAUUUUGCCUGUGCUUAGCUCCAUUUCCUUUCUUUUUUGUCCUGAAAAACUCCCCAGUCCUUAACAAUUACAAGCAUACUCAUAACAUGAUACAGCCACAACUAUGCUUGAGAAUAUGGAGAGUGGUGCUCAGUAAUAUGUUGUAUUUGGUUUGCCCCAAACAUAACACUUUGUAUUCAGGGAAAGUUAAUUGCUUUGCCACAUUUUUUGCAGCAUUACUUUUGUGCUUUGUUGCAAACAGGAUGCAUGUUUUGAAAUAUUUUUAUUCUGUACAGGCUUCAUUCUUUUCACUCUGUCAAUUACGUUAGUAACUACAAUGUUGUUGAUCCAUCUUCAUCUCCUAUCACAGCCAUUAAACUCUGUAACUGUUUAAAAGUCACCAUUGGCCUCAUGGUGAAAUCCCUGAGCUGUUUCCUUCCUCUCUGGCAACUGAGUUAGGAAGGACGCCUGUAUCUUUGUAGUGACUGGGUGUAUUUGAUACACCAUCCAAAGUGUAAUUAAUAACUUCACAAUGCUCAAAGGGAUAUUCAAUUUCUUUAUUUUUUUGCCCAUCUACCAAUAGGUGCCCUUAUUUGCGAGGAAAACCUCCCUGGUCUUUGUGGUUGAAUCUGUGUUUGAAAUUCACAGCUCGACUGGACCUUACAGAUAAUUGUAUGUGUGUAGUCAUUCAAAAAUUAUGUUAAACACUAUCAUUGCACACAGAGUGAGUCCAUGCAACUUAUUAUGUGAUUUAAGCACAUUUUUACUCCUGAACUUAUUUAGGCUUGACAUAACAAAGGGGUUAAAUACUUAUUGACUCAAGACAUUUCAGCUUUUUGUUUUUAAUUCAUUUGUAACAAUGUCUAAAAACAUAGUUCCACUUUGACAUUAUGGGGUAUUUUGUGUAGGCCAGUGACACAAUCUCAAUGUAAUACAUUUUAAAUUCAGCAUGGAGGACAACAAAGUGUGGUAAAAGUCAAGGGGUGUGAAUACUUUCUGAAAGCACUGUACAUAGUUCUAGACUGAUUUACGUUAGCCUGACGUGUUAUAUAGCAGGGUUUCUUACAUUACCCAACCUUAGAGAAACUACCAGACAGUAGGAUAGUACCUGUAAUUAUUUAAUUGUUGCAAAAGUAUGUAUACUGAACAAAAAUAUAAACGCAACAUGCAACAAUUUCAUUGAUUUUACUGAGUUACAGUUCAUAUGAGGAAAUCAGUCAAUUGAAAUAAAUUAGACCCUAAUCUGUGAAUUUCACACGACUGGGAAUGCAGAUGUGCAUCUGUUGGUCAUAGAUACUUUUUUUAAAAUGGGCCUCACAAUGGGCCUCAGGAUCUCGUCACUGUAUUUUUGUGCAUUCAAAUUGCCAUCGAUAAAAUGCAAUUGUGUUCGUUUUCCAUAGCUUAUGCCUGCUCAUACCAUAACCCCAACGCCAUCAUGGGACACUCUGUUCACAACGUUGACAUCAGCAUACCGCUGGCCCACACGAUGCCAUACACAUGGUUUGCGGUAUGAGGCCGGUUGGACAUACUGCCAAAUUCUCUAAAAAUGACGUUGGAGGCGGCUUAUGGUAGAGAAAUGAACAUUGAAUUCUCUUUCUGAGAUCUUUUAUUUCAGCUCAUGAAACAUGGGACCACACUUUACAUGUUGCGUUUAUAUUUUUGUUCAGUGUAAUUGGAGUACAAUACAACUGUUUAACCCUUGUGAAAAAUGUAGUUUCCCUGCAGAAAUGUCUAGGGUCUAUAUAAAGUGCUGUGAAAGUUGUUGAUCCUCAUUCAGUCUGUACUGUGCGUGCUUUGUGUGUGGUCUCCCUCCAGCCCAGGCUGUAUGUACAUGUAAGGAGCCGUGCUCUGGGUUCAGUGCUGACCUCUGAGAGUGUCCAGGAUGACUUGUCCCUGGCCAGAGUGUCCCUGUCCCCGGCCUGUUCUCUGGACACCCAGCGCUGGCUCUUCACCGGAGGGCUGCUCUGCUGCAAG